AUGGCAGCUGGCAACUGGAGAAAAAGAGGAGGAGGAGGAGGAGGAGGAGGAGGAGGAGGAGGAGGAGGAGCUGCUGCUGCUGCUAUAACAUUGGGUGAUUUAACAACCACAGUGCUGUAUUACACAUCACCCGUCUGGACGUACACAUCACCCGUCUGGACGUACACAUCACCCGUCUGGACGUACACAUCACCCGUCUGGACGUACACAUCACCCGUCUGGACGUACACAUCACCCGUCUGGACGUACACAUCACCCGUCUGGACGUACACAUCACCCGUCUGGACGUACACAUCACCCGUCUGGACGUACACAUCACCCGUCUGGACGUACACAUCACCCGUCUGGACGUACACAUCACCCGUCUGGACGUACACAUCACCCGUCUGGACGUACACAUCACCCGUCUGGACGUACACAUCACCCGUCUGGACGUACACAUCACCCGUCUGGACGUACACAUCACCCGUCUGGACGUACACAUCACCCGUCUGGACGUACACAUCACCCGUCUGGACGUACACAUCACCCGUCUGGACGUACACAUCACCCGUCUGGACGUACACAUCACCCGUCUGGACGUACACAUCACCCGUCUGGACGUACACAUCACCCGUCUGGACGUACACAUCACCCGUCUGGACGUACACAUCACCCGUCUGGACGUACACAUCACCCGUCUGGACGUACACAUCACCCGUCUGGACGUACACAUCACCCGUCUGGACGUACACAUCACCCGUCUGGACGUACACAUCACCCGUCUGGACGUACACAUCACCCGUCUGGACGUACACAUCACCCGUCUGGACGUACACAUCACCCGUCUGGACGUACACAUCACCCGUCUGGACGUACACAUCACCCGUCUGGACGUACACAUCACCCGUCUGGACGUACACAUCACCCGUCUGGACGUACACAUCACCCGUCUGGACGUACACAUCACCCGUCUGGACGUACACAUCACCCGUCUGGACGUACACAUCACCCGUCUGGACGUACACAUCACCCGUCUGGACGUACACAUCACCCGUCUGGACGUACACAUCACCCGUCUGGACGUACACAUCACCCGUCUGGACGUACACAUCACCCGUCUGGACGUACACAUCACCCGUCUGGACGUAA